AUACCUGUUAGACACUCAAUGAUCGCUGCUCAGUUGAUUCUCGGCUUAUUUCUUGUGUACAUCUUUAUUUUUGUUUGUGAUUUCGUGCAACAAGCCGGUCAAUUGACAAAAUAUUUCUUGCUAACUUACAAAAAUGGCACUAAAAGUACGUGAUUUACCGCCGGAAUUGACUCAAGUAGCCUUCAAUGACUUUGGAGAGACACCCGAGAAACUUACUUCAUCUAUCAUUGAGAUUCGAAAAUGGUUGGAGGCGAAUCCACACAUCAAACCACGCACAGAUGAUCAAUUUUUUGCGACAUUUUUGCGUGGAUGCAAGUACGACAUGAAGAUAGUUAAGGAAAAAUUGGAGAGUUUUUACACUGUAAGGACACAACUGCCGGAAUUCUUCAUCGAUCGCAACACAAAAGACCAGAAAUUGAACGAUUUGCUGAAAGCAGGGAUAAUUUUGCCGCUUCCGAAGACUUCAACUCCCGAUGCUCCGAGAACUGUUGUGAUUCGUUUUACUUCCUACGACCCCAGCAAGUACAAAAUGGCAGAAGUAGUGACACUAAUUGGACUAGUUUUCGAUAUUUUAUCAGUUGAAGACGAUAAUUCAGCUGUCUCGGGCCAGAUUUACAUCUUGGAUCUGGCAGGUGCAUCUUUUAAACACGUCUUUCAAUUCACGCCGAGCUUGUUGAAGAAAUUUGCGACUUUGGGUCAAGGCGGGAAUCCGAUUCGCGUGAAGGAACAACAUUUUAUCAACACUCCAACGGGUUUUGGGACCAUUUUUAACAUUUUCAAAGGACUUUUCGCCAAAGAAGAUUUAUUGAUGCAAGUCCAUAGUAAAGUAGAAUCUUUACACAAAUUCGUGCCUCCGAGCAUCCUUCCUGUCGAAUAUGGAGGCGGUGACUACAAAUGCUCUGACAUAAUCAACACCUGGAGUCAAAAAUUCCUCGAUUUUUACGAUUAUUUCAUGGAAGACAAAAAUUUCGGCGUCGAUUUGGAAAUGAAAAAACACUUAAAUAAAGGAAAAUGAUGGAAUUUUUCCAAAUUUAUUAA